AUGCUCCGCGCCGCCAUCUCGCGCCUCGGCGCCCACCUGCACCGCCAGCCCUCCCCGGCGACGCCUCCCCUCCGCGCCCUCUCCACCGGCCGCGGCAAGCGCUCGUCCCCCACCGCGCCGCCCCCCGAGCCCGAGGACGAGGGCCUCAUGCGCGGCCUCUUCGUGCUCUCCCGCGACCCCGCGCACCCGCCGCGCCUGCUGGUGGUGCAGCCGCGCCUCCGCCGUGGCGCCCUCCUCGACUCCAAGCUCUCCGAGGCGCUCAACCUCGCCAGUUCCCUCGAGGAGUCCCGCGACGGCUUCGAGCACGCCGAGUCCGCCGCCAAGGGCGCGCCGCCGCACCUCGUCGUCCAGAACCCAGCCUCCCGCGGCCGCAACCAUGCUGAUACGUAUUUUGGACCUGGAACUGUGGAUAAUAUCAAGUGUUACCUGAGGGCAUUGGACGAAAAGGAAGAAUUAGAUGCAGUUUUUGUUAAUACGCUCCUCUCUGGGGUCCAACAGAGGAACUUGGAGGUUGCCUGGGGAAAGCCAGUUUUAGAUCGUGUGGGCCUUAUAAUUGAGAUAUUCAAUGCUCAUGCUGAAACAAAGGAAGCAAAGCUACAGUCAGAGUUAGCAGCUCUCAUGUACAUGAAGACUAGGCUUGUCCGUGUCCGCGGCCCAGGUGGAAAACUAGCUUUUGGUGCAAGUGGGGAAGCUGAAGUUGUCAGUGCUCGAGGGAGAGGAAGUGGCGGACGGGGUUUCAUGAGUGGUGCUGGUGAAACGGAACUUCAACUACAACGCAGGAGAAUCCAAGAACGUCGUCUAAGCUUGUUAGCUCAAAUUGAAGAUGUACGCCGAACUAGGGCGAUACAACGUUCGAGUCGAAAGAGGCAUGGUGGCUCAUUUGGUCAAGACCUUGUAACUGUGGCAGUCGUUGGAUAUACAAAUGCUGGAAAAUCUACUCUAGUGAGUGCACUUUCUGGAGCUGGUCUAUACAGUGAUGAUAGAUUAUUUGCAACAGUAGAUCCUCGAUUACGCAGUGUGAUUCUUCCAUCAGGGAGAAAAAUACUUCUCAGUGAUACCGUUGGCUUCAUAUCAGAUUUGCCUGUACAGCUAGUGGAAGCAUUUCAUGCCACCCUGGAAGAAGUUGCUGAGGCAGACAUGUUAGUGCAUGUGUUGGAUUCCAGCGCACCUGAUCUUGAGGAGCAUCGUUCUACUGUUCUACAAGUACUGCAGCAAAUUGGUGUUUCACAGGAUAAGAUCAACAAUAUGAUCGAAGUUUGGAAUAAGAUUGAUCUUGUGGAUAAUAUUGCUCUGACUGAUGGGAUUGAAGACGAGAUCUUUCUUACUGAAGGUGAAGAGGAGGAAGACUUGUUCUCUGAAGAUGAUGUGUCAUCAGAGCAGUCGUCUUUUGAUUCCUUGGAUGAUACAGUGGAUUCAGAGUCUCUGUCAGAAAAAAGUUGUGAAAAUGAUGAUGAUAAAAUGGCAUCUGAAGAAUCGAUUGCUGAGCCUGUCGAGAUGAAAGCAAUGAACUCUGAACUGUUACCCGAAGAUCGUUUUAGAGAGUCUAAUGGCCCGGAAGCUAUAAGUACAAGUGCUUGCACUUUGACAGAGCCAGUAUCCACUUGUCAUGUGAAAACUUCAGCUGUGGCUGGGACAGGAUUGCAAGAGUUGCUGCAGUUAAUUGAUACGAAACUGAAUGGACAGCAAACGGUUGUGCAGAGAAGCUAUGGACCUUUUGAUAGAAAAUGGAGACCUAGUUCCAUGGAUGACGAGAAGGCUGCAGAACAGUAG